AAACAAUCCAUCACCAUCAUCUUUGCUUCGUCGACAACGCGCGCGUUUUGUCGCUCUCCUCGCUCUCAGUCUGUUACCAGCAGCUUAUCUGAGCUCAAAACAACAUGACUGAAAGCAAAAUUAUCCACAACAGACACAAAGACCGCUACUAGACGCAUAGUAAAACUAGUCUGCUUCCUCUCUCGAAAUCAAUUCCUUUUAUAGAUGUAGGCAGAGCCUCUUUAGCGCUCAACCUGCGCGUCAAACGCAACGCUUCUGAUGGGCCAAUCCGGAAAAUGUAGACACACACACGCCACAUCUUCACAAUGAUCCGCUGAGCAGGGUGUUCUUCAGCGGUUCCCCAUAUUUACAUUUCUCUCAGUUCACUGGAAAUUAAGGGCUCUGACAGGUCGGGAUGGGGAAUCUGAUAAAGGUUCUCACGCGAGACAUCGACAACAACGCAGGGAACUUUUUCCUGGACUUUGAAAAUGCCAAGCCCACAGAAGCGGAGAGAAGGGUUUGGGAGGAGGUCAAUGGGGUGCUGAGAGAGGCUGCGAUCAUUCUUCAGGACCUGCAGUCAUACAGCGGAGCCGGUGAAGCCAUCAGACAGGCCAUACAGCAUCCCAGUGAUGAGCGUGUGCAGGAGCAAGCGUGGGCCGCUGUGGUCCCGCUGGUUGGCAAACUAAAGAAGUUUUAUGAGUUCUCACUAAAACUGGAAGACACUCUGCAGAACCUGCUGGAGUACCUCACCAGCUCACGCUGCAGCCCAACUCAGCAUCUGGAGCAGGAGCAGGCUCUGGCACGCCAGUUUGCUGAGAUUUUACAUUUCACGCUGCGCUUCGAUGAGCUCAAGAUGACCAACCCGGCCAUCCAGAAUGACUUCAGCUACUACAGAAGAACCCUGAGCCGCAUGCGCAUCAUCAACCAAACUGCAGAGGAGCAUAAUGAGGUCGACAACGAAUUGGCCAAUCGCAUGUCUCUCUUCUACGCCAAUGCCACGCCCAUGCUGAAAACGUUAAGCGAUGCCACGACUAAAUUUGUAUCAAAGCAUGCAGAACUACCUGUAGAGAACACAACAGAUUGUCUGAGCACGAUGGCAAGUGUGUGUAAAGUCAUGUUAGAGACACCGGAGUACCGCAGUCGUUUUGCCAGUGAGGACACAGUGUUAUUCUGUCUGCGUGUGAUGGUGGGAGUGAUCAUCCUUUACGACUAUGUUCAUCCGGCUGGAGCAUUCGUCAAAUCCUCCAAAAUCGAUAUGAAAGGAUGCAUUAAAGUUCUGCGAUAUCAGCCGGCCAACAGUGUGGAGGGGCUACUCAAUGCCCUCAGGUACACAACGAAACAUUUGAACGAUGAGUCUACCUCCAAGCAAAUCAAAAACAUGUUACAAGCUUGACCGUUUCUGCCGUAAAAAGUAUUACUUCUCAAAUAGACUGGACGAGACGCUUCCACAGUUUUAACUCGACGGGAAUAGCCAUGUGUCAUGUGGCAGCUACUGUUAUCAGUCUGUUUUUUACUGUUGUAGUUUGUUUUCUAUUUUACUCUGAUAGACUUCAAGUCAUGUGUGGCCUUUAGAUUUCAAAGACGCUUCUUUUGUUGUGUUCCACAAAGAGGAGCUUAAUUCAUUCCCUUCCCGUGUUUCCUACAGUUUACUGAGUGCUCAGGCAGGAAAACAACAAAUAUUGCAUUUCGCUUUUUAUAAAUGAGAUAAUUUACUGUGAUUUUUUUUUUACAUUUUUUUUAUUAUUAACAUAAGUCUUUCAUAUUGAAUAAAGCUAUUUUAACCAAGUGGACUGUGAAUGCUUGACAGGAAAGACUCGCAUCAUUAUACUUUUACUCUCACCACAUGAAAAUGUAAGCUGACUAAAUAAUUUGUUCUUAACCCACAUCCUCUUGCUUCAAUUGGUUCAGUAUUAUUCAUCCCUCCGCUACUCCAGAACAUCAUAGUAUAAUAAAGACUCUUUCCAGGCA